UAAACCAAAUAUGGCGGACGACUGUUGCUUGAUGUUUCUAAGUUUUUAACUUCAUAUUUUUGCAUAAAAUCGCAUUGAAAUGGCUGCGAAUGGCUGCAGAAACUUCUUAAAACAAGCUGGCAUUCAGGGCCUUAAUAAUGUAUAUCGAAGUGGAAAUCUAGGAACUUGUCGCAGUGUGGCAUGUUUCCCUGCGUUUGGUGUGGCACCAGCUGUCUCGGGGAUCCUUGGAGUCAGAUAUGCAUAUCAACCCAAACAAAAACAGCAACAGAAACGCAAUGAAGUACCAAGUUACAGAAUAGGAGUCACAAGAAGCCAAGACUCACUUCACACAGGAAGUUUAAAGGGAAGCCUGUGGGCAUCGGAGAGACUACUGGAUGAUAUAAUGAUACGCAAGUUUGUGGAAGGAGUUAUGCACGAGUUUGUGGAAUCUGAAGUGGUCAUCAAGCGCAGAGCUAACAAUAUCAUUCUUGUGUUUCUUGUGUCAAUAUAUGGGGAUGUAAAAAAGUUUUAUUUCCUUGUAGGAUUCACAGAGAAGCUUCUCACUGAACUUUUAGGAUGUAUUGUGAAAGUGGAGGCACAGUCGUAUUCUGGAAGACAGUCUUAGGGUCAGUUAGGGGAUAGCAUGUAAAACAGUCGGCUUUUCAUUUGGUGUUUUGUUUUGUUUUGUUUUGUUUUGUUUUGUUUUGUUUUGUUUUGUUUUUUUUGGUUUGGUUUGGUUUGGUUUGGUUUGGUUUGGUUUU